AAACUCUAAUUCAACAUGUUCAGAAACCAGUAUGACAGCGAUGUGACUGUAUGGAGCCCCCAAGGUCGUCUCCACCAAGUGGAAUAUGCCAUGGAAGCUGUGAAGCUGGGUUCAGCUACUGUAGGAUUGAAGAACAAACAAUAUGCAGUACUAAUUGCAUUGAAGAGGGCAGUGAGCGAGCUGUCGGCAUACCAAAAGAAGAUUAUUCCAAUAGAUGAGCAUAUUGGUAUUUCUAUCUCAGGAUUGACUGCUGAUGCUAGGAUGUUGAGUCGCUAUAUGCGCACGGAGUGUUUGAACCACCGCUACGCGCACGACGCCCCAAUGCCGACCGGGCGCCUGAUUGCGAUGGUUGGCAACAAGAUGCAGAUCUGCACACAGCGAUACGAUAAGAGACCUCUGGGAGUCGGUCUUCUCGUUGCCGGUUAUGAUGAUCAAGGUCCCCACAUCUACCAGACAUGUCCAUCAGCAAACUUCUUUGACUGCCGUGCAAUGGCCAUCGGAGCACGUUCCCAGUCUGCUCGUACCUACUUAGAGAAGCAUCUCAGCACGUUUGCAGACUGCGAUCUGCAGGAGUUGGUUGCUCAUGGAUUGAGAGCUUUGAGGGAUACUCUGCCUAAUGAAGUUGAUUUAAAUACUAAGAACGUGUCAAUAGCAAUCGUGGGCCCGAAGACACCACUGCGCAUCUGCGAAGAAGCUGAGCUGUCUCGCUUCCUCGCGCUUGUAGAAGGCGAGGAGCGGCGCGGGGGAGGGGCCUCGGCGACUGGCGACGCGGGCGCCGCACCCGAAAGGGAAGGGGGGGACGAGCCCAGAGACCGGGACCCCCAGCCGGCGGUGGCAAUGGACACAGAAUAGAUCGUCUAGCACCGGCAGACAACAAGCCUGAAGAUCCUGAUCUCGAAGUUCCUGGAACUACAGAAGACUCUAGACCUUCAAAUGUCUGCCUAAUUCCAUUGUCACCGCUUCCGUUCAACCGUCAAUGCAAAGACUAGCCUUGGCCAGUGGUUUUGUUGGUUUUAGGGUAUUUUUUAUAUUAUAUAGGCAGCAAACAAGCAUAUUUUAGGGUUAUAGUUUUGUUAUUAGUAUUUUUUUAACAACAGUUAGGUCUGUUUCAGUUUUCAAGUUACAAUUGCGCUAGCGACCGUGUAAAUUAUUUGUAAACAAAAUAUUAGUUACUUCUUCUUGACACCACUAGGGGGCGCUGUCGAAUUUCCCACACAAAACUGCGAAAUAGUUUACACGAUCGCUAGCGCGAUUGUUACUGUAUACUCAUAGUAGAGGCAGAGCUGCUUCACGGGAAAUGUUCAUACGUACCAAUCAAAAUUCAUGCCUUCCACUUCUUGGCACGGGUCUUUUUUUUAAUGAUGUUGAUUGACGGUGAACAAGUACGCCUGGUGGUAAGCGACACUUUUUUACAUAACAGUGGCAGUACCACUCAGAUCUUUAAUUCACGUUAAUAUGAAGUCCACUCCACCCGUCACCCAAAGACAUGAAGUCGACAAAUUCGUGUGACUAGUUUCACCAGCUCUCUUAUUCUUCAAAGUGGAAUGCAGUAAUGCUCACAUUAUUGCUUGGCGGCAGAAAUACAGGCGUGUAGCUUACCAGCAGGCGCAUGACUUGUUCGUACCGUCACUUGAUUACAUCGAGUAUAUAACCAGAAAUAGAGACGAAAUAAGGGCCAUACAUUCCUAUUAAUUCAUAGUUAUACAUUACUUAUAAAUAUGAACUCUCGUUUGCACUGAAAUAUAGAUAGCCCCAACAACUGACUUGUGUGUACGUCUCCGUAUAUUCCAAAAAUAUUCUGCAUUUAUUCUAAUAAAGACAAUCUCUAACAAUGGCGUGAUGUGUUCCAUUCAAACGGAAUUAAAUUUUAUCGGUAAUUAAUUAUUAAAUAUGCCACCAUUGCUUUUGUACUAUAACGAAGAAAUGA